AUGACUGAAAUUUAUCAUCUCCCACGACAAGUUCGCCGAUCUCGCACGCCUAUCGCAGCUAUCUUCUCCAACUCUCCAACGGCCGAUGAUAAGAUACGACUCCAAGUCCAUCGAGAUAAGCCCGGAUAUUUCUCCGAUCUACACAUUUAUACCCCUCACGAUAGCAUUGCACACAAAUAUACAGGUUCUACCCAAAGAUACCCAUUUGUUUCCAAACUGCCGUCUUUUACUCGGAGAGCAACCAUGGCACGAACCGUCCGCCUCGCCGCCGCCCAGAUGGGCACGACGAACAAAUGGGACACGCGCGAACACACCCUAAACCGGAUGAUCACACUGCUGCGCAACGCAGCGUCCCAAGGCGCGCAGCUCGUCCUGUUCCCCGAAGUCGCGUUCACAACCUUUUUCCCACGCUACCUCAUCCUGGACGAAACGGAGCUGAAAUCCUGGUUCGAGCACGGCGACAUCCGCACGGCUCCCAAUACCAAGGCGCUUUUUGACGUGGCGCAUGAACUCGGCGUCGACAUUAGCGUCGGGUUCGCCGAAGCCACAGACGACGGAGACCACUAUAACAGCUGCAUCUACUACCACGCGCAAUCGGGGUCGAUACUCUCAAAGUACCGCAAGAUCCAUCUGCCCGGAGACUUCGAGCCGCUUCCGGACCCGAAGGCCGUCAAUCAGCUCGAGAAGCGGUACUUUCUCCCCGGGAAUCUCGGCUUCAAGGCGUUCCGCGUGCCCGGGCUCGUCGAGCCAGAACCCUCCACCGCGGAGCAAAAGCAGGGCGACCCGAUCUUGGGCAUGAUGAUCUGCAACGACCGCCGGUGGGCCGAAAGCUGGCGCGCGUACGGCCUCCAGGGCGUCGAGAUUGUUCUCUGCGGAUACAACACCAACGGCUUCGCGCCGCAGUUCUGGGGCCAGUCGGCGGAUAUGGAUCCCAAAGAGGCAGAAGCCUUCUCGCUGUUCCACCACAAGCUCGUCAUGCAAGCUCAUUCAUAUACGAACGCGACGUUCAGCGUCUCGUCUGCGCGGUGUGGCCUCGAUGACGGGGAGUACCCGCUUAUUGGAGGGAGCACGAUUGUCGAUCCCGAGGGACGAAUUCUGGCCGAGAGUAAGACUGUGGAGGAUGAGGUUAUUGUUGCAGAUUGUGAUCUGGAUUUGUGUAAGCCGGGGAAGAAGAGGACGUUUGAUUUUGGGCGGCAUAGAAGGAUUGAGCAUUAUCGCAUUUUGGCGGAGCAGACUGGGGUUAUUGAGCCACCUUUGCUUACUGCUGAAGGUACUGUGAGGGAGGAUGCUGAGACUGCGAAACAGAGCGUGUCCCUCCCACUGCAGCAGACGAAGAAAUUCCGCAUCCUCCUCGUGAACCCCAACUCAACCAAAUACAUGACAGACAAGUGUAUCGAAAUGGUUACUCCCACACUUCCACCCGACGUGCAUGUCGACGGCUUCACGGCACCCAUCCCAGCACCCACAGCAGUGGAGGGCUCGCUCGAUGGCGUCCUCUCCGCGGCCGAGGCCAUCCGCGCAAUCCUCCCCAUCGCUGACCGAUACGAUGCGUUCCUCGUCGCGUGCUACAGCGACCACCCGCUUAUCAAAGCUCUACGCGAGGAACUACCCUCGCCUGUUGUCGGGAUUAUGGAAGCGAGUCUCUUCGCGGCGCGCACGCUCGGUGGGCGCUUUGGGAUCGUUGUUACGUCUUCGCGUUCGGCGGUUUUACAUACAGAUUCGAUCAGACACUAUGGACUGGAAGGGUUCUCUGUCGGUGUCCAGAGCUGCGGCCUCGGCGUGCUGGGUCUCGAAGAGAAGGGCGAGGAUGUUGUUCUGGGUGCCAUGUGCGACGCAGCAAAGACGUUGGUCGAGCGGGGUGCUGACACGAUAACGCUCGGAUGUGCGGGGAUGACCAAGCUAAAGGCUGCUGUUGAAAAAGCUGUUGGGCCUGAUGUGCAGGUCAUCGAUGGCGUUGUGGCGGGCGUGCAUCAUCUUGUUGGGAUUCUGAGGAUGGGUGGGCGCACCGCGAAGAAGGGGGUGUAUGCUAGUUCGAGGGUUGGGAGGGCCGCGAGGGGGCAGGAGUUUGUUUAA